CCGUAAAAGCCUCUUUGACAAUGCCUGUGUAUGCUCCAGCUCGACCCGACGUUGAUGCGAUUGUCGUAGGGGCCGGGUUUGGAGGUAUCUACAUGUGCAAGAAGCUCACAGACCAAGGGCUAUCUGUCAAGGUCAUUGAAGCUGCACCUGAUGUGGGAGGAACAUGGUAUUGGAAUCGUUAUCCUGGUGUAUUGCCCGAUACACGAUCUUAUUUCUACCAAUACUCGUGGGACCUUGAGGAUCUCCUCAAAUAUCCUUGGAAGUGAGAGUAUUUAGAGAAGCCCGAAGUAUUGGCUUAAUCUGAGGCAUGUUGUCGACAGACAUGAUCUACGAAAUUAUAUGCAAUUUAACACGUAAGUGCAAAGAGCCAUUUAUGAUGACGUUGAUAACUUCUGGACUCCUUCGCUAUCAGCCGGUCCUCGGUCAACAUCCCGAUAUAACGUGAUGACUGUGGGACUGCUAUCUAAAAUCAAUUACCCUGAUAUCCCUGGGCUCAAGACAUAUGAAGGCGAGAUGCAUCACACUGGGAACUGGCCCGCCUUCUUUGGGUUCACAGGAAACAGGAAGGCGCGUCGGGGUGUUUGGGAACGGAUCCAUGGGUGUUCAGUUGGUCACAUUCACUUUAUCGGGACUGCAGCGGUGCAAAUCAAGCAAACAUGUCUAGCACUAUGUGACACAACAGGCAACGAGUUAACUAGUUAGUUAGCCGUGUAGUUAUCGGUCUUGGCUCUUAC